AUGGCCAGAUUCACUCCGACUGAAACCAGAAGGCAGCAGCAGCAGCAGCAGCAUCCCCAACAGUCCCAUCUUGCUCACACCAGCCUGUUUCUGACCGGACCGGGGGCACCACCGACCCAACCUCCACUACUACUCAUCCCGCACCAGCACCAGUACCCUCACACCCCAUUUUCUAAACCCAUGAACGGGUCAGAAUCCAUCUCCAUUCAUCCGGAGAGCGGCACCAUGAAAGACCAAGAUGCCAUAAAGCUGUUUAUCGGGCAAAUUCCACGGAACCUAGAGGAAAAAGAUCUGAAACCUCUGUUCGAACAGUUUGGGAAAAUCCACGAACUGACAGUUCUGAAGGACCGCUACACCGGCAUGCAUAAAGGCUGCGCGUUCCUCACCUACUGCGCCCGCGAGUCCGCCAUCAAGGCCCAGAACGCCCUCCACGAACAGAAGACACUGCCAGGGAUGACUCGUCCCAUCCAGGUGAAGCCGGCAGACAGCGAGAGCCGUGGAGAAGACAGGAAGCUGUUCGUGGGGAUGCUGAACAAGCAGCAGACCGAGGAGGACGUGUACCGUCUCUUUGAGCCCUACGGAGUCAUCGAGGAGUGCACAGUGUUGAGAGGCCCCGACGGAAACAGUAAAGGCUGUGCCUUUGUAAAGUUCUCCACACACGCCGAAGCGCAGUCUGCAAUCAGCGCCCUGCAUGGCAGCCAGACCAUGCCAAGCGGCUCUGACUCUCUCCCCCUACCCCAGGGCGCCUCCUCCAGCCUGGUGGUCAAGUUCGCCGACACGGACAAGGAGCGCACCAUCCGGCGCAUGCAACAGAUGGUGGGUCAGUUCGGCAUCUUCAACCCCGCCAUCGCUCUGCCCUUCAGCACCUAUAGCACCUACGCACACGCGCAGCUCAUGCAGCAGCAGGCGGCCAUCAUGGCGGCCAGCCACGGAGGCUACCUGACGCCCAGCGUGGCCUUCCCCGCCACACAGAUCCACCAGAUGGGGGCGCUCAACAUCAACGGCCUCCCGCCCACUCCCAUGACCCCGGUGUCGGGUGAGUUUCAUCAUUCGCUGGGUCUCAGCUCACCGCCAGCCAACAUCACCACGUCGGGCGUGCCAAGCAUAGUCACGCCGCUCGUCAACGGUUUCACGGGCAUCCCGCACCAGCCCAACGGGCACCCAGCCGUGGAGGCCGUGUACACCAACGGCCUCCCGCCCUACUCCACUCAGAGCCCCACCGCCGCCGACACCCUUCAGCAAGCCUUCACCGGAGUACAGCAAUACACAGCUAUCUACCCCGCCACCACACUGACCCCCAUAGGACAGACCCUGCCACAGGCCCCACAGGUCAUCCAGCAGCAGCAGCAGCGAGAAGGUGAGGGACCCGAGGGCUGUAAUCUCUUCAUCUACCACCUGCCACAAGAGUUUGGCGAUAACGAGCUCAUGCAGAUGUUUCUGCCCUUCGGGACCGUCAUCUCCUCCAAGGUCUUCAUGGACAGAGCCACGAACCAGAGCAAAUGCUUCGGUUUCGUGAGUUUCGACAACCCAGCAAGUGCACAAGCGGCGAUCCAGGCCAUGAACGGCUUUCAGAUCGGGAUGAAGAGGUUGAAAGUUCAGUUAAAACGGCCGAAGGACGCCAGCCGUCCGUACUGACAGUCUCUUCUACAGUUUCCACUGCAAGAGCACAGGUUUUGAGAAGUGAAAUCUCAC